GUAAAAAUGGAUGUCCUGGCGACUGGACUUUGUUCGGCGAUCACUGCUAUCAAUUCAAUCUCGCUGAAUCUCAGUUUAAGAACUGGACUGCGGCGAAACAGGCAUGUAAAUCAAUUGGUGAUUUUUCCUCUUUGGUCAGUAUUCAGAACGAGAGCGAAAAUGUUUUUUUAACAAAAGAAAUCAGCUCUGUUGCCAAGUCCGCGGUGUGGAUUGGCUUAAAUGAUCGCAAGUCGGAAAACGUCUUUAAAUGGUCAGACAGUUCCGAAGCAGACUACCGAAACUGGAUACAGAAAAAUUCCAGAAAUCGACCAUGGAAAGAUUGUACAGUAUUGAUGGGCAUGAGAACAGAUGGGGCGUGGUCAACUGAACUAUGUUCUGCUCCUCGUCGUUAUAUUUGUAAACGCAAGAGAGGUGUGUUAAUGCUAUUAUUAUUAUUGUUUGUGAUGUUAUUAGUGUUUUAUUAUUUUUGUUGUUGUAGCCGUUGUCGUUGUUGUUACCAUUGCUGGUGUUGUUGUUGCGGUUGUCCUUCUUUACUAUUGUCGUCGUUGUUGUUGUGUUGUAUCGUUUCGUUUUCGUUAUCGCUAUCUUAUGAUUGCUCUCGCUGUUCUCAUUAUUAUUAUGCUAGACAGAUAGAGCGUUUAUUAAAUCAAUUUUCGCAGUUUAAAAAACCUUAAUUGCAAUUGAUUUAAGACUAUACUAAUACUGUCAUAUAUAACAAUGUUCAACAACAUUGUUCAACAACAACGCCAUGUUCAACAACAACUUUAAUCAUGAUCACGUGUUUAUCAUAAAUGAACAUAAUUAUGACAUCUCCCUUUCUUACUAAAGCUACAUUUUGUUCAACAGCUAAUUAGCUUCAAUUGUUCGGUAAUAAGGUCACACUUCAUAACACCGAGUAUCUUGCAAGAACUGCAAUGCUCCAAGUAACACAACAACAAUAUUAAAGUUGAUAAAUGUAAACAGCUUAAGAUAGUCAUUCCAUAACAUAGUCAUUCCUGAGUCGUUCAGGCAGUCUAACUGCGCGGUUGCUGGUGCGCCUUACAGGUUCUGGGUCAACAACGUUAUUUGGUCUAGGCUCAGGCAUAACAAUUUCUUCAUCGUAGUCUGGUCCUAAAUUGUUAGGUGGAGGCUCACUAGUGGGUAAUAAAUGUCUGCGAUUACGACGAUACACUCCACCUUGUGGUGUGAUUACUAUGAAGGAUCUAGGUGCUUUAUGCCUACCUGUUAUAACUGCUGGCUCCCACACCUUUCCUCUUCGAAUUCGGGCAGACUGAUACAUCUUUACAGGUCGCAAUGGUUUUGCAUUUCUGUCGAAGUACUCUUUUUGCUUCUCGGCACGUUGCUUAAAUUUGUCACGAACAUUUUCUUGAACUUUGGGCUGAAGGAGAGCCGUAGUCGUAGGCAACUUCGACUUUAGCAUGCGACUCAUUAAUAACUAGAUUGGCGAUUCUUGCAUUCCUGUGAUUGGAGUAUUCCUGUACUCCAGGAGGGCGAUGUAGGAAUCGUUUUCUUCAUCAUCAGCUUUACGAAGGAGAUUCUUGAUGGUUUGAAUUGUACGCUCACUCAUGCCAUUUGACUGGGAGUAAUGAGGACUGGACGUUGAAAUUUUGAAUCCCCAUUCUUGUGCAAACUGUAAACAUUCCUUACUUGAAAAGGGCAUACUAUCUGCGACAACUUCAUCCAGGAUGCCGUGUCGGGCAAAUACUGAUUUCAUACUGGUAAUGACAGCUUGACUUGAUGAGAGGAGAGAAAUUUCUGGAAAUUUCGAGUAAUAGUCCACAAUUACUAAAUUGGACUUGGUCGACUUAUAUUCAAAAAUGUCUGUUCCCAAUUUUUGCCAUGCUCUGGCAGGCACUGUGUGUGGCUUUAGUGGCUCUUUCUGAUUGCUUCUUUGGUGCUUCAGGCAAGUUGAACAUUUCGCUACUAAUCUAAUGUCCGCUGACAUUCCGGGCCAAUAGACUACUGCUCUAGCCCUCGAUUUACAUUUUUCCAUACCCAGAUGGCUCUCAUGAAUUCGACGAAGAAUGUCUGGUCUCAGCUUCUCUGGAAUAAUUAAUUUCUGCCCGAAAAACAACCCAUUGGCUUCAUAGAUUUCGUCUUGAAAUUUCCAAUAGUGACCAACAGCCGAUGGACUAUUCACUUGACUAGGCCAUCCGUCUUUGAUGAAUUGGAUUAACUGCUGCAGGAAUUCAUCUUCUACUGUUGCUGAUUUCAAUUCGUCAAGCUUCUCAACUGUCAUUUGGAGGUUUUCAACGAGGCUAUGGAUCAUCUUCGUUACAUCAUCAUCAUUCAUUUCAUCAGGAACAGGGCCAUCAGGAAGAAAUGCUCCUGAAAGUGCAUCUGCAACAUACAUAUAUUUUCCUGGAAGGUAGUUGAUGGUGACAUCAUACUUUUGUAGUCGGAGCAACAAUCGCUGGAGCCUGGGGGAAGCUUGUACCAAAGGUUUUCUGGAGAUGGAAACAAGGAGCUUGUGAUCAGAAUCUAUAUCAAUUGAUUUACCAUAAACAUAGCAGUGAAAUUUUUCACAUCCGAAGACAACUGCGGUUAACUCCUUUUCAAUUUGCGCAUAGUUCUCCUCAGCAGAGCUCAGUGACCGGGAUGCAUAUGCAACGGGAUGUCCGUCUUGUAGAAGGCAAGCUCCAAGGUCACCUUUCGAAGCAUCAACUUGCAACUUGACUGGCUUUGCUGAGUCAAAAAAUUUCAGGACAGGCUGACUUGAGAGGAUCUGUUUCAGUUGCUCUACUGCACCAGUGUGUUCAUGGGACCAGUCCCAAACUGAAUCUUUCUUUAACAACUGCUGUAGAGGGUCAGUAAUACUCGAUUGACCUGGAAUAAACUUCGAGAAAAAAUUAACCAUUUCAAGGAAUCUUCGCAAUUCUUCCUUUGACUUAGGUAAGGGCAUGUCCAGAAUUGCACGAACUUUCUCGCCAUCUGGCUUCAAAUACAAUGUUACCCAUGUACUUCACUUCUUUGACUUUGUACUGAAGCUUUUGCUCUUUCCAACAGCUUUGCCAUAAUUUCAUCAUGCUCUUUUUCAUCCUGCGCUGCCACAAUUAUGUCAUCAAAUAUCACCUCGACACCAUCAAUAUCACCAAACAAUGCUUCAUUCUUCUUCUGAAACACUUCAGGAGCUGAACACACACCAAAUGGUAAUCUCGUGAAGCGGAAGCGACCAAAGGGUGUAUUGAAGGUGCAGAGAUGGGGACUUUCUUCAUCUAGGUGGAUCUGCCAAAACCCAUCUUUUUCAUCCACUAUGGCGAAUAACUUCUUACCACCAAGGCGAGUGACAAUAUCCUCUGCUGUGGGAAUUCUAUGAUGCUCCCGUUGAAUAGCCUUAUUCAGAUCACGAGGAUCCAAAUAUAACCGCAGAGACCCAUCACAUUUCUCGACUAUACAAGACUGUUAACCCAUGGACUCGGUUUUUCAACUUUCUGCACAACACCAAUUUUUUCAAGCUGCGAACGUUUCUCUUUUAACUUUCCCAGUAUGCUGUAGGGAACCUUUCGUGGUGGGUGGAUGACAGGCUUGACAGUCUUGUCAACAACAAUAUGAUAUUCUCCGUCCAUGGAGCCAAGCCCUUCAAACACCUCUGGGUAAUCAUGAAUAAUGUGUUCUUUAGUGGAAGGUGAUGGGGCCACUUCAUUGACUUUCUUGACCAGGUUUAAUUUCUCACAUGCCUGCAAACCUAGUAUUGGGGUUGACUGGACAGUAACAACAAAGAAUGGUAGCAUUUCAGACCAGGGUUUAUUUUAACGUGCAGUUCUACACAAAAUGUGCAGUCCUAAACCCAUUUGUGCAGUUCUUAAAACACAAAUGUGCAGUCACCGAACUUACAAAACCUUCUUUAAAUAAAGUUUAAUAAUAAAAAUAAAUAAUAAUAAUAAAAAAUAUAAACGUUUUCUGGGGGAGAACUCCAGACCCUCCUAUUUUUCUCACAAAUCACUUUCGUGCUGGGGUAAUGAAAAAGAAGGUAAAAUUGGGGCGAGCGAAGCUCCCAAAAGAGAUUAGAGUGGGAGAACCUAAUAUUCUUUGCUGCCUCAAAUGCAAAUUUAAGGUUGUUAUAUAUUGAAUAUCCAUGAUUCCCAGUUACAUGUUUUGAAACAGUUUUUGUGAGUGGUUGGGUAAAACAAAUCUUUGCCAGGACUCAAGAGCCUCUAGAUUCAAAUUGUUUUGGGAAACACCUCCUAGCUUCCCCACCCAAAAUCGUGUUUGUGUGGCCUUUCUCCAAUUCACCAAUUCUGCCACCCAACCACACCCUUACUCUGCAACCUAUAUGCAGGUAAAAAAUUCUUCGACCCCUCCCCCCCUCCGUCAAACACCUGUUGCCUUCGUAACAUCCCUAUUUGUGCAGUUCUAAAUUUUUCUUAAAAUAAACCCUGUUUCAGACUGACCAUUGAUGACACAUCUCAGGAAAACUUUCCCCUCCGGUUUGACUUUAAAAUUCCCAUAUGAGGUUAAAACCACAUCAGUUUUCUGCAGGGAUGUACUAAUCUUUAGACUUGAAUACACAUUAAAUGACAUAACAUUGGCUUCAGCUCCAGUGUCAAGUUUAAAUCGAACUUGUGUUCCAUUUAUACCCACACUCACAAGCCAUGCAGAACUUGUUGUGGGGCUAGUUAUGGUCCCAAUAAAUAAACUAUUUGACUCGAGUGUGUUGGGUCAUUUCUAGUGUUAGCUUCCCCAUGUAUUUUCUGACACUUCGUCAACAGAAGAAUUUCUUGACAUUUGACACAUUCGUGCGAAGUGGGAUUUUUACAUUUGUGGCAAGGUUUUCCAAAUGCAGGAUAAGAUCUUACUGCAUGCUUAGUUCCACAUCUAUUACAAUCAAAUAGCAACUCACCUCGAGUGGGUUUCUUUACGACGUGAACUUCCGGUUCAGUUGGAUCAACAUUUUGCUUCCGAAGCUCUUUGAGCUGUUUCGCACUUUCUUCCGCCGCUCGGCACAAACUUGCAGCUUUUUCAAGAGUGAGUUCAGACGAUUCACGAAGCAAUCGUUCUUUUAAUCGAAUAUCACUCACCCCAAAUAAUGUACGAUCUCGAAUCAUGCUGUCCGUUUGAUCACCAAAUUCACAUGAAUUAGCUCGUGUUUUCAACUCCGUUAUAAAUUGGUCGAUUGUUUCACCUUCUUGUUGUUUGCAUUCCCAGAAUUUAUAUCGUUCAAAUACAGUAUUCUUUCGAGGAUUUACAUAAUCUUCAAAUUUCUUCUUCAACACGCUCAACUUAUCACGAUCCUCGCCCUCGCCAAACGUAAACGUGUUGUAGAUUUCGAGGGCUUCAUCACCGAUGAGAUGAAGUAAAAUUGCACACUGGACUUUUUCCGUUUCUUUGACUUUCCCUGACGCAGUCAAAAACAACUCGAAUCGCUGAAUCCAUCGCCUCCAGUUCUCGCGCAAGUUUCCCGUCAAAUUCAAUGCACUCGGGGGCUUAAACGUUUCCAUUUUAGGGUCUUUUUGGGUAUCUUUUUUAGUCCUGGCACCAUGUCAUAUAUACACUACACACGUCGCCAUAUUCAAUAACAACUUUAAUCAUGAUCACGUGUUUAUCAUAAAUUAACAUAAUUAUGAUUUAUGACAAAUACUAUUUACAAUUUGGAUUGGGAUGCGUAAUUAAAAAUAUAAGAGUUUUUAAUCUGUUUGUAUUUAUAAUUGGAAGCCAAUAUCUUCUCGACUCUCUAAAAUUGUGAGUUGGUAGAUUUUCUUCUUUAUUGUUUUCAUUUAUCUUCGAUGGAAGUAAAAAGUUGUUGUCAUAAUUUCUCUCUGUCCUUUAGUGUUUUCGUUUUUGCUUGCUCUAUUGCAUCUUUCGAAUUUAUUUCAGGAUAUAUAAUUUUUAAGCUUCGUCUUUGAAUUCGUUCUAUAUCCUCUGAUAAGUAAGUCUGGAAGGCCUGAGUGAAAAACUUUGCAACCGUAUUCUUGGAUGGAUCUAAUGCAUGCAUGCAUGCAUGCAGCGGUAUAAAAUUGAAGCAGUGACGUUUCAUCAACGUCUGCACGUUUCAACUGCCUUAAUAAGUACAGUCGCUUUGAUGCCUUUAACGCAAUGUUUUCUAUAUGCCUGCAGUUACACGUCAGAUCAUCGGUGAUUAGCAUAUCCAGAGUUUUCGCUGAUUUCACAAGCUGCUCCAAACAUGGGAUUGCUUCGUGAAGUUUAUUCUAUAAGCUCCUUACACUUUUUUGGAUUUAUUUUCCUUAUAUAUGUGAUGAUCUCAGAAAUUAUUGUCUGCAAACCACAUUUUAUUAGACGGUGACCAUUAGUAUAAUUACUCUUGCAAUUGCCUCGUACAACAAAUGAGAACGUUUUCCUUGACAAGUUUACCUCCUCGUGUGUAUAUAUGCGGUCAACAAGUUUUACUUGGCAAGUUUUGUCGCUCGUGUGCACGGAAUGUCUUUAAACAUUUAUCUCACGUCAAGACCGCCUUUAGUUUUCCAAAAUCGUACAAGUAUUGCUUGUACACUUGUCAUGUCUUUCAUGCUGGUCGUACACACAAACAUUGUCAAUUUUCCUUGUCCUGGAAUGACUAGCCUUGGAACAAGGUUCCUUUGCAAGGAAACAUUGUCAAUUUUUUGCAGUACACACCUGCAAAUACUUGUUAAGGAAGGUUGCUCGUCUGCAUGUACGGCGCUUUAUCGUUACUGUAACAGUUACUGUUACAACUGUUAAUGUUGCUGUUGCUCUUACUCGUAUACUAUAUAUAUAUAUAUAUAUAUAUAUAUAUAUAUAUAUAUUACUGCUACUAUCACGACUAUAAUUAUCACUAUCACUUACUAUCACAAUCUUAAAAUAAAAUCUUAAAAUCGCAAUAUUUUUUCAGCAAUGUUUGAUUGUGAUGCACCUCUUGGAAUGGAAAAUGGGAAUAUUAAUGACGACCAAAUCACAGCCAAAGUCCGUAGUCCAUCUACUACGGGACCAUUAAAGUCACGACUACGUAGCAAUGAUGCAUGGUGUCCACAAGCUAAGGUAUGUAAUGUAAAUAAUUACUAAGCUGAAUUGGACGCAGCUCAACGUAAUUGAAUCAAAGACUUUCUGCGGGCGCUUCUAGCCACUUUAUCACUCAUGUCUGAUUCGAUUCUAAUAAUGUAGCGCAGUUAGGUCAGUUAGGGGUUAAUCCCAUGCAACCCACCUUGUAGACAUUCUUUGUGGGAGGAAACCAUGCAGAGUACCUGAAGAAAAUGCGCAACUUUCGUUACAGCGUUGACUUAGGCGAGAAUGGAAUGCACGAUCUCAGAGGCUAAAGGCCUUACCCUGGCGAUUGCGCCAACGAAUUGAAGCCCCAUUGUAUUUGUUGAUACAGGGACGUUUUCAAGUAAUUAAUAGAUUAUACCUUUAUCUACUCAACACUAUCCAAAUAAAAAGCAGGUUGCGUUUGUAUCGACAGAGUGUAGGUGUUGCCUAAUUCAAACACUGCGCGUCCUCCACGACAAGCGUUAAGUUAUUGUGAUAAAUAAUAUUUCUUGCCCUUUAACUGGAUAAGACUCACUACCAGCAAUCCCCGUUGGCUCAAUAGCUCAAUUCGUAGAGCGGUCUAGAAACCCGAAGAUGUGAGUUUGAAUCCCGCUAUAUCCAAUACAUUUUUUUGUUGUUCUGUGCAGUGUCAGAAUAAUAUGAAACUAUUUUUCGUAUCUCUGACGAUGGUACUGAAAUAGAAUAAAAACAAGGCUUUAGAUAAGAACUUGACUAAAUCCUAUUCUAGCUUUUUCAAGAGGUUUAUUUUUUGUCCAAUUUUUGGUGUCAGGUGGUAUUGGUUUUGGUGUACUUUGAAAAUUUCCUAUUACAAAUGGUACUUUAUUCCAUUUCAGGAUGAUUAUCUCCAAAUUGACCUAGGAUCUAUCUACAAAAUUAAAAAUAUUGCUGUACAAGGUUUAGCAACUUCAUACUGUAUUCAAUAUGGUAAAGACGGUAAAACCUACAAGCCUUACGGACUUCGAGCAUCAACGUGUGAGGUAAGAUAUUUCUACAGUAUAUCUUGUUUAUUAUUUUCUCUAUAAUACAUGAACAGUGGUAAAUUGAAAUAAGGACAGACAGUACAGUAAUUCUCAAGGAUAUUAACCUUCUGGAACCUUAAUGUACUUUUCUUGGAAUAAAAAAAUAUAAAAUUAUCAUUACAAUAUUACAUGUUGAUAACAAUGUCGAUGUAUACUUGUGAUAUUGUAUAGGAGUUAAGCAGUGAUGCAUCAACGGAACCACAUUUCCUCAAGAAACUACGACCGUUUAUUGCAAGGCAUAUUCGAAUCAGGCCUACACAAGGAAGCAAUAAGUGCGUUCGGUUGGAAUUUUAUGGAUGCUUAAGUGGUGAGUCAUCUUUUGUUUAUUUUAAGGGCAUCGACAAUUGAUUUCAAGUAAUUGAAAGAACUCUUUUAAUAUAAUUAUAAGUUGUUUUUCACGAAACACAGUCUUGAAUCUCGCCAACCAUGCAUAACUGCUAACCGCAGUAAUCGAAACCGUUUCCGCAAUGUUUUAAAGUUAUUGUACUGUUGCAUUCAUUGAUUAGUUUUACCGCGCGUAGACUACCGUAAACCUCCGACUAUAAGCCCUGGGCUUAUAUACUUUCGUAAGAGAUUUUUGAUGGACUUAUAUACAAGGGGGGGGGCUUAUAUACGGGGGGGAUAAUACAUGGACGAUCUUUUGUGUUAGUAAUAAACAAGUCAGACAUAAACAAGUCAGUCAUAAACAGGAAAAUAAACAUGUAUUAAUAAUGCGCUUUAAUUGAUUCACACAGUCGGCUAUAAAGACAAUGACAAUGUUUUUAAAUAUCGUUCUCUGCUAUAUUAAAAGACAAUGUCAAUGUUGAAUAACGUAGUCAGGGGCUACUGGGCUUAUAUUCGGGAGACUUAUAUUUGGGGGACUUAUAUUCGGGGGCUUAUAUCUGGGGCUUAUAUUUGGAAUGAGGUGAGCGUUAGUAUAUGUGCAUGGUGGGCUUAUAUUCGGGGGGGGGGACUUAUAGUCGGAGGUUUACGGUAUAGUUGUACUGUAGAUUCCGAUUUGAAUUUUUCUUCAAUUUUCUUCCAUUUUUGUUUUAAUUUAUACACUGCUAUAUUCCCAUUGGACUUGUAUAUUUUUUAUUUCGUUUUAAGAAAACUUGGUUUUUGGAGGAUAUAGAACGACACCUUGGGAAAAAAUCCCUUCUUCUGCAUAUCAAAUUCAAAUUAACCAUAUACAAAUUUCUUGGAACGGUACGUAGAAUAAUUAACAUGAUCAGUUAUUCUGCAAACUCGAAUCGUAGUAACUGCAUGAUAGUCGACAUGUGCGUAUCACCGAGUUGACUAUCGGCCAUAUUGACGACGAGAGUGAGGAGAAUAUUAACUAUUUUAUUAUAUAUAGACAAAUAUACUGACUCUAUUCCCGGAAUUUCUAGUACAGCAAUUUUUUGGACGGUUAGUUUGGCAAAAAUAUUAGAAAAUAGUGCUUGAAUAGUAUACCGAACAUUGCUGAAAAUUCUUCGAUAAUUUCUUCGACAAACAAGUGCUUGCUGACUUCCGUCUAAGGCUGUCUUAUUCAUGUUUUUAUUCUCACACAAAGUUAAAUAAUAAUAAAAAAUGCUUGUUAUCAUGUAAACAUGCAAUUGUUGCAUGGGAGUUUUUUCAUUGCGUUUUUAUUCAAGCGAAUAGUAAAAUUUUUGAGCCGCAAUCUUCUCAGUUUUCUGCUAUGGGAUUACAGAAUUGUUAUAUCCGGCGCAGUUAUACAAUAGUAAGAACUGAUAACGAGCUCUUGCUAUUAAUAACCAUACACGACGAGAGGGAGUACAAUACUGUUUUAUUAUACAUAUACAACUACUGCAUGCAUGCAUGCAUUCAUUCAGUAUAUGGAAAGUUUUGAUGGUAAGUUUGUCAAUCGAAGCGACUUGGACAAAUAGGCCUAAAGGUGGAUUUCCAGUCCUCGCACAAAGUUCCUCGCAGCUCGCUGCGAGUGCAUGCAUGAGCACUUUCAUCCAAUCACAAUGCUAAAGAGUUAAUUUUAAUUAGAUGCAUGCACUCGCAGCGAGCUGCGAGGAGCUUCGUGCGAGGACUGGAAAACCGCCUUAAGCCUGUUAAAGCACAACUGCCCUCUUUUGCCGAAAAUGGAACUUAGAGCAUUGGUGAAAACUUGAAAUUUUACAUAAUAUUAUUUAAGUUUUUAGAAGGGUGCGUGUUGACUUCGUGCAUGCACAUUUCUUAUUUGUCUUUGCUUUCAAUUAACGUACGUUUUAUAAUAUUCCCAAGACACUUUCAUUUCAAUCGCUCUUCUGUAUUAAUUGUUUAACAAAUAUAUUUUAACUAGUUUCAAUAAUAAGAAUCUUUUUGCCAAUCUUUAAAAAAUGCUAGGAGUCAGUUUGUCAUUGUGCUUGAAUGGUUUCUGACAAGAACAUAAAAAGCGAAUAACUUGCCGUUUUCUUGUUCGCAAAACUCCGAUAAUUUUAAGACGUCAUUCUUUUUUUUACUAGCACAAUAUGAGCUAAUAUAGAGAGCCAAUCAGAUGGUUGUCAUCCAACUUAAUUAUUGGAUUCUUCUGAGCCCAAUAUGGCAAAAUAUUAAGUCGAGCCCAAUAUUGAAGACAUAGAUGAAUCUUUUAUUAGCUAUAUCGAACAAAACCAUUAUAUAACAAAAAAAUAUAUUCUUAAGCUCAAGAUUUCCCCGCAAUCCACACUCUAUUCUUUUAUAAUCCCUAUGGAUUGUAUGCCAGAAUUUGCGACAGUAUAAUAAGGCUUGUUAUUAUAUACACAAGGUCUGGACUCUGGAUAUGAGGUAUUCUGCAAUCUGAUUGGUUCUCUACUAGCAGGAUAUUAGCUCAUAUAUCCUGCUAGCGCUAGUAUAGAGAAAAACAAAAUGGCGGCUCACACUGAAUUUCCGACGUUUUUCGAACGAGAAAACGGCGAGUUGUUCGCUUUUUAUAGCCUUUACAGGAUUAAAAACACAAUGAAAAUACUCCCACAAACUGUUUAUACAGGUUAGCAAAUGAAUUUUUAAAAUUUAAAAUAGUUAAAAAUGUAUAGGCCUAUUUUCGAAAAAAUAACCGGCCGAAAGAGCGAAGAUAAAAGCAUAAACAAAAUAGAAAAAUUUGAAAAUAUCCGAAAAGCAAAGUCUGUGAAUUCAGACCUUGUGUACAUAAUAAAACAGUUAUUCCACUCAUUCUCGUCGAAUAUGAGCGAUAGCCGAUUCGGCGCUACGCGCCUUAUCGGCUAUCAGCUCAAAUUCGACUCGAGUUCGUAGAAACUGUUAAUUAUUUCUUUUGAUGAAAACGUUCGUUCUAAAAUAUUUAGUAAGAAAAUUUAGCUUCAAAGUUUAAGUCACCCUGCAGGAUUUUGUAUUAGAUAUUGAAACGCCUUCAAGGUCAUGUUUUUCUUUAUAUUUCCUCCAUGAUUUGUUAACGACAAUUACAAUAUGUCAAACAAGAUCUAUUAAUUGAUGGUUAGAUUCCAAAGAGUGGAGGAGUUUGUUGGGAAUAUACAGCUGAAUUUUUUUUACCAAUUUGGAAUUCGAUAAUCGAGUUUUACGAAUCGAUAACACCCGAUUUGCAUCAUAGUGUAUGGUGAUGGUAAUCUUUUUUUUUGUUUAGAUGCACGAUCUUACUGUCUAGAACAGAAAGCUGAUUUACUAAGUAUGAGUACUGCAACAAUAGCAGAGUAUAUUAAAACACGUCUGACCAGACUGCGACCUUUCUCUUGGUGGAUUGGAUUAACCGACCGUGAUUAUCCUACGACGUACUAUUGGACAGAUACCAGUCCUGUCAAUUAUAUUGGCUGGGCUGCCUAUUCUGCAUAUAGUAUGUUUCUCAAUUUUUAUAACAGAUAAACCCUUACCGAAAGGUAAGGGUUUAUUAUAUACUGUAUGUUUAACCAAAUUUAUUAUAUACUGUAUGUUUAACCCAAUGGUCUCGUCUGAACUUUAUCAAUUAAGCUUGUACAAGAUGGACUGACAUUAUUGUUCCAGUUUAAAUAUAAUGAGUUCACUGAUUCUCUAACGUGAUCAAGUUGCCCCGUUGCAUUACUAAAAUCAUGUGCUCGUUGAUGCGUUCUCGAAUUUCAACUAUUCAUGCAAGUUAAUACACGUUUUCUCAUGUCAUUCGUAUACAGCCAAUUUAAGAACAGGUUGUCCUUUGCAAACCGUAAAUUAAACUCUAAACCUUAAACUCUAAGCGCACAAAGAAUGGAAGCACAUCAUAGAAAUAAUAGAUAUAGAAUGCGUACUUGAUCACGAAUCAUGUCUCCACUUUUUCUCAUGCGUGCCCUUAUAAAUCCGCCAUGUUUGAAUUUGACUAGGAGUGCAAACUACAAAGUAUAAACAAAGCUAAAACUACGUUUUCAUCGUCAAAACGUUUAUCUUGUUGUCUAAUUUGUACUAGUUUGGGGGGUAGAUUUUGAGUUUUUUGAAGGCCGGCACAAACUGUCAAAGCAAAUGUGCAGUUACAAAAACGGUGAAAAUCGUGCAGCCUUGUAAACAAAGUAUUUUCGCCGGUUUCUCGAAAUUUACUCAUAAAACAUUUUUGCAUGCUUUGAAC